GGGGAAGGGGAUUGGGGAUCUGGGCUGGAUGAGGCGGCGGCAUGUCGGGGCCCAACGGAGAGCCGCAGCUGCCCCUGGGGAGGGGCGAGGAGGACGAAGACGGCGGCUUCGGCGAAGCAGAAUAUGCAGCAAUAAACUCCAUGCUGGACCAGAUCAACUCCUGCCUGGAUCACUUGGAGGAGAAGAAUGACCAUUUGCACGCGCAGCUGAAGGAAUUGCUGGAGUCCAAUCGGCAGACUCGCCUGGAAUUCCAGCAGCAACUGAACGACGAGGGAGACUCCGACGCUGACAUGCGGGGAUGUGAGCCAGACACUUGACAUUUGACUCCCUACAGCUAAGUGGAAGCUGGCAGAUCGCUGCCGUCUCUAGUUGGCCCGUCUUUAUCUGUGGGCUGGAUGCUAGACUUGAAAUAGAAGAGGCGCUUUUGGUGUGUGUGUGUGUGUGUCCCGUCUCUUCACCGCUCUUCUUUGGGCGCUCCAUUUUGUGCAUGUAGCUGCUGUAUAAGAAAAUGGAAACGAUGGGUAAAAAAUUAUUUCUCGUGUCUAACUGGAGAGGAACAUGGGAGCGGGUGGAGACCAGAUAGCUCUAUUUAGCUUGUUGCAAUUUCUCAUCCUUUGGUUUAGGGAAUCAGGAUUCGGCGGCUGGGAUUAAUAUUAUUUAAGUAACGGCUUUUCUGGAUGAGCUGGGCAGAGUGUAUUGUGUGGGGAAUGUUUGCUUCUGCACUCUCUAGCUGUGAUUACAGGUUGAAAUGCACGAAAAGAGCCUUGAUCAGGGGUAGGGAACCUUUAACACACAAAGAGCCAUUGGGACCCGUUUUCCACGGGAAAAGAAAACACUUGGAGCCGCAAAUAAUUUUUGACAUUUAAAAUAAAGAUAACACUGUAUAU